AUGGCAAGACUGGAACUUGGCAACAGCGUAAAAGCUCGCUUAAUAAUCGCUCUCUAUCAUCAGCAGCAAAGUGUCCCUAACCAAGCGACUUGCGCACCCACGCACUACAGUGAAUUUCCCGGCCCGAGUCUCGUGUGUUUCUCGGCGCGUCCCAGUGGAAAGAAUCCGGACAACAAAAACAACUCGAGCUUAACAAACUUCACUGUUUGUCUCUUGCGCUCGGCCAUCCAACAAAUCACACAACACCCAGAGCCUUGA